AAAGCUGACAGUUGUUGGUUCUGUGGCCACUACGCCAUCAUUCCUGUUCCUGUGGACUUGGUCUCAUGGCUCUGCAAACCUGCCCAGUCUACAUGCAGGCAAAGGUGCCAGAGACAUGCCUGCUCACUGUACGCGUCCUCCGGGCCAGUGGCUUGCCUUCCAAGGACCUAGUAACCUCCUCUGACUGCUAUGUGACUCUGAACCUGCCCACGGCUUCCAGCCACACGCUCCAGACACGCACAGUCAAGAACAGCCGAAACCCUGUCUGGAAUCAGAACUUCCACUUCCGGAUCCAUAGGCAGCUCAAGAAUGUUAUGGAACUGAAAGUCUUUGACCAUGACCUGGUGACCAGAGAUGACCCAGUAUUGUCAGUGCUGUUUGACGUGGGGACCCUGCAAAUUGGGACUCAGCGCCAGAGCUUCUCCUUGGGUACUCAGGAGAAAGGGUGCUUAGAAGUUGAGUUUCGGCUACAGACUCUGACAGACUGUGAGGAACAGCUCAUCAGCAAUGGCAUCGUGGUGGCCCGGGAACUCUCCUGCUUGCACGUUGAACUGAAGAGGACAGGAGAUCCAAAGAGGUCAGAGCGCAAAGUUCAACUUGUGGUUGCUGGGGCCUGUGAGGGCCCACAGGAUGCCUCUGCGGGCACUGGAUCUUUCCACUUCCAUUAUCCAGCCUGCUGGGAGCAAGAGCUGAAUGUUCAUCUGCAGGAUGACCCCCAUGAGCAGCUGAAGGUGCCACUACGAACUCUACCCUCCUCGCAGCUGGUGAGACUUGUCUUCCCCACGUCCCAGGAGCCACUGAUGAGGCUGGAACUCAAGAAGGAAGAAGGACCAAAGGAGCUGGCUGUGCGGCUGGGCUGUGGGCCCUGCCCUGAGGAACAGGCCUUCCUAAGCAAGAGGAAGCAGGUGGUGGCUGCCGCGCUGAAAAAGGCCUUACAGCUGGACCAAGACCUGCACGAGGAUGAGAUCCCCGUGAUUGCCGUGAUGGCCACUGGUGGUGGGAUCCGGGCCAUGACGUCUUUGUAUGGGCAGCUGGCCGGCCUGCAGGAGCUCGGCCUUCUCGACUGCAUCUCCUAUAUCACGGGGGCUUCAGGAUCCACCUGGGCACUGGCCAACCUCUAUGAGGACCCAGAGUGGUCGCAGAAGGACCUGGCAGGGCCCACUGAGGUGCUGAAGACACAGGUGACAAAGAGCAAGCUGGGUGCGUUGGCCCCUAGCCAACUUUGGCGGUACCGGCAAGAGCUGGCUGAGCGUGCUCGCCUGGGCCACCCAACCUGCUUCACCAACUUGUGGGCCCUCAUUAAUGAGGCCUUGCUGCACGACAAGCCCCAUGAACACAAACUCUCAGAUCAACGAGAGGCCCUGAGUCGAGGCCAGAACCCUCUGCCUAUCUAUUGUGCCCUCAACAGCAAGGAGCAGGGCCUGAGUACCUUUGACUUUGGGGAGUGGUGUGAGUUCUCUCCAUAUGAAGUCGGCUUCCCCAAGUAUGGAGCCUUCAUCUCCUCCGAGCUCUUUGGCUCGGAGUUCUUUAUGGGGCGGCUGGUGAAGCAGCUUCCCGAGUCCCGCAUCUGCUUCCUGGAAGGCAUCUGGAGCAAUCUGUUUGCGGCCAGCCUCCAAGACAGCUUGUACUGGUCCUCAGAACCCAGCCAGUUCUGGGACCGCUGGGCGCAGGAUCAGGCCAACCUGGACAAAGAGCAGGUCCCCCAUCUGAAGAUAGCAGAGCCACCGACAAUGGCUGGCAGGAUCGCCGAGCUCUUCACUGACCUCCUGACAAAGCGUCCCCUCGCCCACGCCACCCACAACUUCACGCGAGGCCUCCAUUUCCACAAGGACUAUUUCCAGAACUCUCACUUCUCUGCCUGGAAAGCUUCCAAACUGGACAGGCUCCCCAACCAGCUGACACCCACUGAGCCCCACCUCUGCCUCCUGGAUGUUGGCUAUCUCAUCAAUACUAGCUGCCCACCCCUCCUGCAGCCAACACGGGAUGUGGACCUCAUCUUGUCACUGGACUACAACCUCUACGGAGCCUUUCAGCAGCUGCAGCUUCUGAGCCGGUUCUGCCAGGAGCAGGGCAUCCCUUUCCCAUCCAUCUCACCCAGCCCCGAGGAGCAGCGGCAGCCUCAGGAGUGCCAUCUGUUCUGUGACCCAGCCCAGCCCGAAGCCCCGGCUGUGCUGCACUUCCCUUUGGUCAAUGACUCCUUCCAAGACUACUCUGCCCCUGGGGUGCCACGGACAUCGGAGGAGAAGGCAGCUGGGGAGGUGAAUCUGUCUUCUUCUGACUCCCCAUACCACUACACAAAAGUGACCUACAGCCAGGAAGAUGUGGACAAGCUGUUACGGCUGACGCAUUACAACAUCUGCAACAACCAGGAUCGGCUGCGGGAGGCCAUGCACCAGGCCGUGCAGCGGCGGAGAAAGCGCAAACAGUUUAGGCCGGAGUGACAGCUGAGCUACCCUGGCUGGGCUCCUGCCUGGGUCACUCUUGGUCUUUAACUCCUUUCCCCUUCUGCUCCGAGUUCAAGACCAGCAUCACCAACUGCUCCAGAGACUCUGGAAACUCUGAUGUCCAGGCACAGCUCCACAAAGGUGUGUCUGGGACUUCCACAAGUGACACUAACAUGUCAGCAGCCCUGUCACAGAGUCUAGGCUGGAAGCUGCAAGCAGAGGUGCUAUGGCCAUCAUCCAUGGAUGGACUUGGGGCUCGUUAGAGACGGGACACUGUGACACGGAACAUUUGACAUGUUACAGGGGUGCUUAUAAACGGGAGGUGCUUGUGGCACUGUCCCAAGAGUAUCUGCUGUACCAGGCUGUUACUUCCACUCUGAAAGCAGGUCCCUUCCCAAGAGGCCUCGAGCAUGGACGUUCCGGUCCUGUCACAGGUUGCCAUCUUUGCCCAGAGAUCUUGCAAUGAAGCCAUGGUUCAUCUCAGGCAUAGCCAGUGACUUGCGACAUCAGUUGCUUGUCCUCUGACAGGAGCUGUGUUCUGCACACUGGUCCUGAGCAGCCCUGGGGAGGGUACCUUUGGGUCAGUAGUCGAGUGGUUCCCAGGUGUGUCUCCACUGGUAGCCCCGAGGAUUGGUGUUGACUGAGGAUUCAUCUUAAGGUUUAGACCUGUAGGGAGAACAGAGAUUAGGAACCAACCACCCUCCCUAAACAUGGUGUCUAGUCCUCUCCAUACCUGAACAUCCCUCCUGCUCCUAGCUGAGGUGUGAGCAGGUACUAGAGGCUCUGAGAUGAGUAGGGUGUAACAACUUUGAUUCUCAUGAUCCAGCAAGCUCUGUCAGCCAGGCAAGUGUUUGUCCCAACACCAUUAGAAGCCACUAUGAGCUGGACCUGGUGGCAUAGGUCUCUAAUCCCAGCUACGCAGGAGACUAAGUCAGGAAGAGUACAAGUUCAAAGCCAGCCUGGGCUACAAGAGUGAGUUCAAGGCCACAAUUUAGCUGUCAAGUAAAAGAUAACUAAGGGGGGCUGGAGAGAUGGCUCAGUGGUUAAGAGCACUGGCUGCUAUUCCAGAGAUCCUGAGUACAAUUCCCAACAACCACAUGGUGGCUCACAACCAUCUGUAAUGGGAUCUGAUGCCACCUUCUGGUGUGCCUGAAGAUAGCAACAAUGUACUCACAUGCAUAAAAUAAAUCAAUCUUAAAAGGCUAAAUCUCAGGCUGGUGGGAUGGCUCAGCGGUUAAGAGUGCCAACUGCUCUUCCAAAGGUCCUGAGUUCAAAUCACAGCAACCACAUGGUGGCUCACAACCAUCUGUAAUGAAAUCUGAUGCCCUCUUCUAGAGUGUCUGAAGACGGCUACAGUGUACUUACAUAUAAUACAUAAAUAAAUAAAUAAAUAAAUAUUUUUUUAAAAAGUUAAA